CGUUAAUGUUGUCGUUGUGUAUACCUUAUUGUUGCAGGAGAGAGGUGUUCUUAGAUUUGUGGUCGCUCAUUAAUAGAAUGACGAAUAUUUGAUAAAUCAGUUUUUACCAAUAAUGCCAGGUAAAUUGCGAAGACAUGAUUACGACCUCGUCGAAGAAGCCUAUGAUAGUAAGUCCCCAGUGCACAACGAAGACGCGUUCGAACAUGGAAUUGCCUUCAAAGUUAAGGUGGUGCAGCUUUUGCCUUUUUUAAUUUAUCUAAACACGUAACUAAUGAAAUACUUGUCACUCGAGGAAAUCAUCUAAAAAGAGUUUUCUUAAGGGUUCUUAAAUUGUUUUCCGUUAGCUUUUGAAUGUUACCUGACAUUAUUUAUUUCAAUUGCGGCAAUUAUAAAUUGGUUCGUGAUAAAACAGUUGUUUACGCUUGAGAACUGUGUUGAAGGUGUGAAUAAUACAUGUUUGUCUUCUUUUAAUCUUUCUCGCAGUAUAUUGGGACGAAAGAAAUUCAUAAACCUAGCAGCAGAGCUGAAAUAGUCACUGCUAUGCGACGAAUACGGGUAAAGAGGCAAAACUUAUAAGUUUUGUAUAAUAUCGUUUGAUACUAUUUUAAAAAUUAUUUGCACGUAUUCCCAAAAUAUUGUGUUCAGUAGGCUGUCUUUUAUGAUGAUGUUGUUUAAGGCGGUCUUAUCCGAUGCAGGUUCUGUAAUCGAUUUAUUAUGACGAAAUUAAAUUGAAUCUAAUAAAGAAGUCUCAGGACUACGCAUUUCUCACCCGAGGCUAAAUGAGCCCUUGACACUGCCCCUUCAGGUUUUCAUCGCCAAAAAUGUCUCAAUGAACUCCAAAUAUUUAAUUUAAAAAAAAUGUGAUUUUAGUUUUACAGUAUCAAAAAAUAAUCAAUUAGAAUGUUUGACAUUAUCAGUUUGUUCCUUUUUGCAGUAGACAUAAUUCUUUAAUGGUUAACAAUGACAUUUUAAGCCAAAAAUUUUGACGGUCCUAUUAGUAAGUUAAAUAUUUUUCUUUACCCAGCAUGUUUCUCUUAAAAAUGUGUUGCUGUAGCAGAAUUUUUUGUCUGAUUUCGUAAUGAUGUAUUUUCCAGUAUGAAUACAAAGUCUAUGGUACCAAGAAGGAAAGGACAGAACUCUCUGUUGCUGUGAGUGGAAUUAAAGUUGUUCGAAGGGAGGAAGGCAAGCGCAGCUGGAUCACACAACAUGUAAACUUUUUUUUUUGCCAUGCAUAUUUUGCAACAGUUUUUCUUAACUGGCUGACCUAUAUUUAGAUGUCUAGCGGCUUCCUGUUGUUUUGGGCUUAAAAGAUGUUGACUGCAGGUCAAACUUAGAAAAAUACUGUUGGAUUGUUCCAUACACAUGACUGGAAGAUUUCUUUGUCAAAAAUUGCUGCAACAGUUUUAAGACACUCCAGAAGUGUCUUCUAGACUAAAAAGGAUUCAUAGCUUAGAUUGUCACUUGAAGUUCACUUUAAAAGUUUUUCCACCCAAUUCAAUGUAAAAUAUUUUCAUUGUGGACUGGUUUGUAAUAAAACUCAGAUGGAGAUGGAUGUUGGCUAAGGUUAGAUCUUGUUAGACUUUUGGUCUAGCACCCUUGUGCCAAUUUGCAGACAUUUUUAAUGCACGACAUAAAUGUGGAGAAAAUUUAACAGUAGAGGUAAAGUAAGUAAUCUAUCCAAGUGGCUAAAUGGCUGUAGCUCAUGCCUAGUUUCUGUAGUGUGAAGGGGUUAGAUCAUCCUACAACAUUUUGUCAGGUUUGCCAGUCAGUUUUACCUCACCUGUUUAUACUCCUGGGAGGAGAGAUACAUAUUAUGCUGAAACCAUAUUUCUAAUUUGUUUCAGAAAAAGAAAAACUCCUAUGUCGAAACGGAAGUUAUGCAAUACCCUAUUAACAGGUAAAUAAAUGACAAUUGGCUCAUCAUUAUACAUGAUUCAAGCUUUAUAAGAAAUACAUAUUGCAUUUUAACAUUACAUUUCCAGUUUAUUUCAGAUCUAAGUGGUUGACAUUUUUUCUGACAUUUCAGAAUCUUCUAUGUCUCACAUGAUUCCCAAGAUCUGCAGAUCUUUAGUUUUAUUUCAAAGGAUGAUGAUCUUUUUAAAUGCAGUGUAUUUAAAGCAAGUAAUAAGGUAAAAGUAUUAAUCUCUGAUGUGCAGUACUUAGAAGUGUAUGCAUUGUUAACAGAGCAACCUACAAGCAUAGGCUGUUUUAUGAAGGGAUUAUACCAGUAUUAAGAUUGCUGAAGGAAUCUUCAAAUUCAACAUUUGGUGCAUUCUAAUGCAUGACCUUCCCUGAAUAAGCGUCUAUGGCCUUGGCCAAAUGAGGAAAUAAGCACUCCUUGAAGAAGGGCUUCCAUUCCCUUCCCCUCUCUCUCUCUUUCAUCUUCUUCAGAUGUACAGAUACAAAUAAUCAAGUUUCUACUGUCACCAUGUUUUAAAUAUAUUGAGCUUCAACUACAAUGGCACCAGUACAUGUAGGUCUGGAGUAAAGUUUCUUCUCUGCUAAGCCACUCGCAAUUACUUCUGUAUCCCUGUGUUUACAUGUAGAAUGCCAUACUUUUAUUGUCAUCUAAAGAUUUAUCCACCAAAUUUUGUUUAAAGAAAGACUUAUUAAGUGCUUAGUAAAAGUGCAAUUUGAUUAUGCUCCAUGCACUUGAUUAUUUCAGGAAGUACAGUAAUUGGUUUUUUUGAUAAAAUAUUCCCGUAAGAUUUUGUUUAAAGUUUGCUGAAACUUACCUAGUAUGUUGUCUGACUCUCUCAUUAGGCAGAUGCUAUACACAUUGUGAGGACAGUAGGCCAAGCUUUUGAGGUGUGUCACAGGAGAACACUCAGUCAAGUGGCCCAAGAAAAUAAUAUAAAGAAUGAACAGGAUAAACUUGGUGAGUCAGGCAUUAGAAAGUAUUACCAGUAAUGAAGGCUUUGAUUUAGGGUGCAAAACAUACUGGUUUAAAGUAGUGAUAGUUUUCUCUCCCAUCUCCUUUGUAAUGAUCAAUGAUUUAAGUGUUUCUGAAAGGAAAACUACAGUUAUUUGUCUUUCAACAAUCAGCAGAACAUAUGGAGGGGAUAGUGCACAGAAAGCCUUGCAGUAUUUUGAUAUCUAGACUUGAUAUAGUUUACUAUUAAAGAAAUACUCUGUGAUUGCUUCUAUUCUCAUUUCCUCAGAAACUGAUGGGCCUACAAGUGAUGUACCCACAGCAACAGAAGGGACAAAUUCUGCUGGUGGGCAGGUGGGUGUUUUUCUAGCCCCACACAAUGAGUGAAUGAUAUUGCUUGUAAUAUGUGAGAGGUUAUCAACACCUAUCUGUGAAAUUUUUGUUUGAUAUUGUAAAUGGAAACAUCUACACAGUUGCUUGUGAGCCAAUAUACAGUGUGCUGCCCCAAAGUUUAGUCAAGGAGCAAUUUUUGUUAUCAGGAAUGGAGGUUGAAUUUUUUUGUUUUCAUUAAAAAAGGAAGGGAUUUGCAAACAUUUGUGUUUUAAAACACAUUUUUGGAUGUUAUGCAUGUAGGGAUUGCUUGAAUUUAAUUUCAGUUGUCCUUCUGGCCUUUUCAGAUUGAUUUCUCAUCAGACUCAGUGUGGGCUACCAAGGAUUACCUGCCAGAGGCAGAAGCUGGUAUUGCACCCUUAACAAUUCAACAGCUGCGUCACAUAUAUCAACAGCAGCUGGAUCAUCAAAGGCAAGAGACACAGGCAGCCCAGGCAAAGAUAAAGCUUUUGACACAACAUCUUGAUGACGAGGCAGCUGCAAGACAGGUUCUUCAGGUACUGUGCACAUAUAUCUGAUCUACCAUUUUCAAGUUUUUUUUUCAUUACCAUUUCUUGUUUGUGUUAUUGCCUUUUCCUAAUCUUUGUCAAUUGGAAUUUCACCUUAUAGCAGUACUGAACAUAAUAAUACACAAUUUAUGCUAAUAUAUUGAACUGUUAGAAAAUAAGUAGAUCAAAUAAGGGCCAGUAUCAACCAUUUAAAUCCUAACGUUAGUGUGCUUAUUCUCCAAACUGAUUUCCAUAAACUUUAAGGUGUUGAAAAGAAUCUUGUGAUUGUUAAGUGUGAUUCAGGGGUUAUACUGUAGGGAGAAAUUAGAUGCUGGUCACUUUAAGGGUCAAAGGGUUUAAGUAUCAGUAACUUUGUCAUCAGUGUCUCUUAUAGUGAAAGAUGAAAUGUUGUCUAGUAUGUUAUUUGUGUUAGUUAAUCUGCCUGAACUCUAAGUGUUUAAAACUGUUUCACAGAGAAUUGUAUGUUCAAUCCCCAUAUCUUGUGUUCCCCAAAUAGACUUCAGUGCUGACUGUCUAAAGAUUAUAUAAGAUGGUUAACUCAAUGCAUAUUAUAUUUAACAGAAUCAACUGGACCAAGUGCUCAAGCAAAACAAGGACUUGAUAACAACAAUAACACAAUUGGUUGAUCAAGUUCAGACUAUGCAGAAUCAAAUGCAUGGUCGAGGUGAUUCUGGUGUAAGCCUUAGUCUGGAUAUGGAUGGAAAGAUAUCUUCAGGAUCAGCAUUACACUCACAAGUUUCAUCAUCUGUGGGCUCCUCUCCAGUCAAGGAUGGGUUGUUAUCAGCAGCAACAGCCGCACAGAAACGACGAAUGCUUGGUGAUCCUGUAUUUCCCACUAUUCCUCCUCCAGCUAUGACUCCAAGCCCUGUGAUGUCACAUCGAAGUGUAAUGGAUCCUCUUGAUGGUAGUGUUACUUCCCUACAGUCAAGCAGCAAAGUUGCAAGUGCAGAAUCUUUUAUCCGAAACACAGUUCCUGAAAGUGGCCCUCUUCCUACCCUUGUAGAUUUGGGCUCAUCUGAUCUUGAAAUGGUCGAACCAAGACAUGAACCUUUUCCUCAGCAGUUUCUACAGUUCACAUUUGACAGUUCUACAAAUUUUGAACCUGGUAAAGUUGAUUCAGCCAGUAAUGGUAGUUUAACGCAGUUUAAUGGAGUAGGCAGCAAAGCCAACACCUCUUUACCUCAAAACAGCAGUGGAACAUCUCCUGUUUUGAAUGGCACCUUUUAACAUCAAUUCUGACAGGUAGUCUUGGUAGUCCUUUGCAUCACCUAUCUUGUCACAGUUAUUGUAAGAUUUUUUGAGAUGGCUUUUUAAAUUGUCUUUAUUUUGACUAGAAUGGAACAUUAAUUCAAAUGCUCAUAGAAUGGAGGAUAAUACUUAAAGGAGAAUUGAGUGAGGUGCACAAAAAGUACUAGCUGUAAGGUUAAUGUACUUUCAUGUACCUCACUUCCAUAGUUCCAAGUGAUGCACUUACAUCGAUUUUUUUUUUCACUACCCUUUUUAUUUUACUCAUGCAACAGACUUUCCUGAAAAGGAGGGACUGCACAUAAUUUUUUGAGGGUGUGGAACUAGUCAGCAAUAUUCUCUUAAAAAAACUUAAACACUAUAAUCAUAAUUAGGGUGGAGGGUUAAUUUUAUGUGCAGGGGAAAUCUCUGACCACUGAUUUUCCUUGUGUUGUUCCUGGUUAUAUGCAUACAAAGAAUUAUCUGUUGUUGACAAAAAGAUUUUAAUAAUUACAUAGUGCUCUGGGGAAUAUAAUUUUUUUGUCAGUGUUAAGUCUGAGUAAUGAUUAUGAGAAUUUUUCUUGAGUAGGGAUGAUGACAGAGCAGAGGGUGGGACUGUCUUGAAAAAAUAAAAAUUGAGGUCUGUUGUCAUAUUUAACCCAUCAUGUGAAAACAUGAAUAGAUUGGUGGCCUGGUAGUCAUUUGCAAGACAACAGGUUGAAGGUUGUCAGGUACAGCUGCUUUCUAUGGUUAAAUGUUUGCACAGUGUAGUGAUAAGGGUGCACUCAAAAGACAUGUGUGGGCCACUGACAGUAAAAUAUAGGAGUUAAAAUGCAAGUAGCAUGAUUUUUCACACAUCAAGUUUUGAAUUAAUAUUUUCAAAUGAAUUGUAUAUAUCACAUACAGAGUCACAGAAGCCUAAAUUUUUUGCAAUGUACAGUAUAUCCUUUAUUUUUAUGCUCUGAAUUUAUGCAUUUGUGUAUUUAUACAGCUUUUCACAUAAUGUCACAGUUUUUAUCAAUAUUUUAUAUUGUUGAAAAAAUAUACUACAAAUUUGUUACCUUAUUUGAAUCAUAAACAUUUUGUACAUGCAGAUGCAAAUAUGAGCACUAUUUUUCCAAAAAGGUACUUGUAAAAUAUGCGGGCAAUGACCCUGAAAAAAAAGCUGAGGAUGCAAACAAUUUUUGGGAUUAUGCUUUUUAAGGAUUUCAAUUAAUUUUUAUUCCAAAGGCUGACCAUAGUUAGUCAAAGUAGAUGAAGCAACAAGCUGUUGAGUACGGAUAGUGCUUUCAUAUGCUGGUGAUCAUUUUGAUUUCAUGUCUCCUCACUGGAAACUGUUCUGUUAUUUACAGUCUUGCUGAAACUUAAGACAUUUUAGGUUUUCAGUACAGCAUUAGAUUUUGAUACUGUAAGCAAUAAAGGAUUUUAAUGUAAAGGAGACUAAACUUAUCAGGACAUCAAUCAAACACACCCUACCAUAGCUCCAGUAAUGCUCAAAUUAAAUUGACGAUCUCUUCUCGAAAACUCAAUUUAGUAAAAUUUCAUGAUUGUGUAGAAAUGCCCUUGUUCUAGGGCUUGGUUUACUACAAUUUUUGUAUUAUAAAAUUAUUAUCAUUUAAAAGUCAUUUACACUUAAUUCAAGCAGCCUUGUAAUUAAAUGGCACAGGGUUAUAGUGCCAGGAGGCACUGUUAAUUUUGUAUUCCAAUUCAUGCUAUUAACAAAUUAUUCCCAGCUUAUUGUAAUUUGAAUGGUUUUUCAUUUUUAUCACAAAAGAAAAAUUGCAUUUAAUCAUGACAUUACUAAUGGCACAUUAAUAUUUAAUCUUUGAUUACAUGUCACAAUAUUACUUGAUACAUUUUUUCAACUAUUUGGAUAUUUGAAACUUAAAAUAUUCUAGAGUGAGGGAACACCAGUUAAGGUGGCAGAUAUUGCAAUGAAUGAGAGCACUGAGUAAUAUAUAGAAAAUAAAAUGCAAUAAACAUG